AUGCUUGUCUCCCUGACCGUCGGUAAGGUCGACGCAGGAGUCACAGUGCUGCUGACCCCAGACAAGCGCUUGAUCGAGUUCCCAUCCAUCUUGCUGCCUCCCAACAUCUCCUCCGGUAGUAUCGUGGACAUCACCGUUGGCCGCAACACCGCAAAAGAAGCCGCUGCCGAAGAGCAGUUUCGCUCUCUCCAAGACCGCAUCUUGCAGGCCUUUGGCGCCUCCGAGCCAGCUGCGCCAAUCCUGCGCUGCCGCAAUGCGACGCAGACUUCCGUUGUCCUGGAAUGGGACCCCAUCGAGCUCGCUGCCGCCGAUCUGAUAUCCCUGAGCAUGUACCGCAAUGGGCAAAAGGCCGGCAACAUCCCGCGGCCGCUGGAGAUGCACAGCACCAAGAUCAGUGGCUUGGCUGUCGACACCGAGUACAGCUUCCACCUGGUGCUGCGGACCACUGCCGGGACGCGGGCAAGCGAAAAGCUGGUCGUACGAACCCACAAGAUGACGGAUCUGAGUGGAAUCACCAUCACAACGGGCAUCAUGCCGGCCUCGACGAGGGAGAACCUGACCCGGGCUGUGGAGCGAAUCGGGGCCAAGAUUGUCGACGGCGUCCGCAUCGAUACGACGCACUUUGUCACCACCGAAGGCCGAGGAACGGCCUGGGAGAAGGCUGUGGAGAAUAACAUCCCCGUGGUGCGGCCCGAAUGGGUCACGGCCUGCGAGCAGAAUGGCAGAAUCUUUGGCGUGACCAAGUUCUACCUCGACGUUAUGCGGCCAGGACCCCCCAGCGAUGACCAGCUGCCU